AUGACCAGUGUGGACAAGCAUGAGGGCACCAUUCAGGUGCAAGGCCAGGGACUCUUCUUCAGAGAGGCUCGGCCUGGCAGUGGGGAGGCUUCUCGCUUCUCUGUGCUGCUGUUGCAUGGUAUCCGUUUCUCCUCUGAGACCUGGCAGAACCUGGGUACUCUGCGUAGGCUGGCUGAGGCUGGCUACAGGGCUGUGGCUAUUGACCUACAAGGUCUUGGCCAUUCCAAGGAAGCAGCAGCCCCUUCCCCUUUAGGGGAAUUGGCCCCUGGCAGCUUCCUAGCAGCUGUGGUAGAUGCCUUGGAGCUGGGACCCCCAGUUGUCAUCAGUCCAUCCUUAAGUGGAAUGUAUGCACUGCCCUUCCUCCUGGCCUCUGGGUCCCAACCCCGGGGCUAUGUCUCAGUGGCUCCCAUCUGCACAGACAAAAUCAGCGCUGCUGACUAUGCCAGUGUUAAGACUCCAACUCUGAUUGUAUAUGGAGACCAGGACCCCAUGGGUUCCUCCAGCUUUCAACACCUGAAGCAGCUGCCCAACCACAGAGUGCUGGUCAUGGAGGGGGCGGGGCAUCCCUGUUACCUGGACAAGCCUGAGGAGUGGCACACAGUGCUGCUGGAUUUCCUGCAGGGACAGCCUGCCAGCUCUGGGAUCUCUCGCUGUCUUCUUCCAGUCUCUCCUGCCACAGGUCUAUCUAUACAUCUGUCUGGGCCCCUGUCACUUCUGCUUUUCUCUUGCAGAGGCAGAUCGGAUCAAGGAGGUAAAAUCAAGUGGGAAAAGCCUCGGAUUUAG